CCAUCUACCUCGCCGUCUCGGCACCGGCAACUCGACUGGCAGGAUGUAAGAGGGUGUUCGAUUCACGACCUACUCAACAGUGGUCUUGAUCUUAAACUGGAACUGCAUUUGCCUUUGUUGCUUUCUUCAGAAUGGUGUAUACACGCGAUAAUAUCCAUAAACGAAGUGAAGGAAGGCGUCAUAAAAGACAUGAAAAGGUUUAAAACACCCGUUACGUACGCAGAUAUGUCAAAAGGUAAAGGGGUUGCAAAAGAGGGAACUCUACAAGGAAGGUGCUUCGCUAGCGGAUUUGAUCAUGAAGUUCUUUUCUUCGAUGAUUCUUCAGGAAGUUCUUCUUCCUUGUUCGGUCGGCAGCUACAGAAGACACAGGUGACACCAUACCUGCACAAAGGACUUUCGUUCAAAGAGAUCAUCGCAUCUCCAUUGCCAUCGCUAGCUUUCCGAGACAAAGCUACACCGCCUACUUGUCCGUAUAAUCGGAUCAAAGAAAGGUUGUUUGGAAAAGGUGAACCCAGUUCCGGUGCCACCUUGUUUGACGCUGAACACCGCCAGAAUGUGGAGGUGACAAGGAAUUCAUGCAAGCGAAAGUGGGAAUUUGAAGUGCCGGUAAAGAAGGUUAGAGAACGCAGGGGCGUUGGUGUGAAGUUUGAUCAAGAACGCUGGCUAUCGAUGGCUCCCUUCUGGGAACAACCGCCACUUGCACAUUUUGCAAAUCCUCCGUCGCGGAUCCCAGCUAGUGACGUUGCAUCUAGUCGUGUGGAGUUCCGUUCAAGCCUGUUGGACGAUGUUAAGUGACGACGUGGGCGUUAUUGAACUUUCGUUCAAUUUCGUGGAAUGUGUUGAAGUCGAACUCGGAAUCUUAAAUGUUUUGCUGGAAUGUUGGAUUUUUAACUCCUAUCGUGCUUUUUGGUAUUGCAAUAUA